UGUAAUGUUGUGUAGCUUCUGUGUUGUUGUUAGCCUGUGAGUGAAAACGGACACAAACAGUUUGUUUUUUGAGGGUAAAAUGUCCAGAUUUCAGAAUCUUAAAGAUUUAUUAAAACAGCGGCUGCAAACUGCGACUCAAGAUCUGAUCGGAUCCGAUCUGGAGACAAAAAUCUCCGGAUAUGAGAAGCAGAUCAAACAACAACAGAAACUGCUGGAUGUGGUUUUAAAGGCAGACAAGAAGCUGCAGAGAGAAGCAGUGUUUCCUGCAGACAUCCAGCAGCUGUUGGUGGUUGAAAAGGAGCCAGAGCCCCCAAACAAUAAAGAGGAACAGGAGGAAGUGUGGAGCAGUCAGCAGGGAGAGCAGCUUCUUCCUGUCCCUGUGAAGAGUGAAGAAGAGGAAGAGGAACCUCAGUCCUCACAGCAAAUCCAAACCGAACAGAUGAAGUGUAAAACUGACAAGAGAUCGUUCAGCUGCUCUGACUGCGGGAAAAGAUUCGGUGCUGAUGCAACUCUGAAGAGACACAUGAUCUCUCACGCGGGAAAGAAACUGUUCAGCUGCUCGGUUUGUAGCAAAAGAUUUGCGUGCAGGCAACAUCUGAAGAUCCACACGAGAACUCAUACAGGGGAGAAGUCGUUCAGCUGCUCGGUCUGCAGGAAAAGUUUUAUGCAUGAAGCAAAUCUGACAAAGCACAUGGCCGUCCACUGUGGUGGACCAGAAUCAGACAGGAUCUCUGAUCCAGAUCCACAUUUACAACCUGAUACUGACCAGACUGAAGACUCUUCUGAACCUGAGACUGAUGACAGCGAUGAUUGGAAGGAGACCGGAGAACCUCACUCAGAUUUAAACUAAAUCUGAGUGGAACCUGACUGGGUAAAAGUUGCCAGAUACUUACCAUCAAAUAACAGUUAUUUUACAGAUAAUUUCCUUCUAAAAAUACAGAUAAAAAGUAAAUAUCUGUAGAAUUACUGAAGUUUUUGUGUGUAUUUUUCAUAUUUUCAAAUGGAAUUCACUGUACUGUUUAACGUUCAAGAUGAUUAAGCAAUUGAAUAAUAAAUGAAUUUAUAACUUUCCUCGUGGCUCCUGAUUGGUCAACACUGAACACAGAAAAUAACUGAAUCUAAGGCAGAAAUGUUGCCAGAUUAUUUUGUUUUCCACUC